ACUCUAUGGAAGCGUUGCUGUCAAAACGAAGUGACGAGAGGGCGAGAAUCUGUACAUCGUGACAACGUCCUGUUUGCUAUUAAUUAAGUUUUAUGUGGUGGAGUGCAUGAUUAUUUGUGAUCAGAGAAAUAUUUUACUCGACCAAAAUGACAUCUGCAAACCUCCGGCAACAAAAACUAGAACAGCAGAGACAGUUAAUGGAGCAAAAAAUGAGGCAGAAGAGGCAAACUCCAGCCAUGGUUCAAGCUUCUGACAUAAGAAUACCUUCUGCAAAAGGACAAAAUAGUAUGCAUAUGAGGAAUUCUGCUUCUUCUAAAGGCAGGGAACUUCAUGGAUAUGAUGGACCUCUUCAUUUUAUGUCCCCUGAGAAUCCAGAUUCCAUAGCGUCAAUUCAGUCAAAUAUUAACAUUGCAAGCUCAGAUUCACGUACUCAAGAAGAAGAAGAGGGUUUCUUUGGGCGCAUGGAAACUCUGCAUUUAUCUGCUGAUGAUAGUCAAGACAUAGAAGAUGAAGAAUCAACACCCAUUUCACCUACAUCACCUGUUGACACAUUAAGUUUACCUGUGGCCCCCUGUUCUGACGAUUCAAAUUUUAAUAAUGACCGUGAAUUGGAAGGUGAUGUGAAGGGCAAUUUAGAGAACUUUGUCUUGGAGCCUGGUUGCCAGAGUGUGCAAUAUAAGUGCCGAAUAACAAGGGAUAGAAAAGGAAUGGAUCGUGGUUUAUAUCCAACUUAUUUUCUACACUUGGAACGAGAUUAUGGAAAAAAGGUUUUCUUACUGGCUGGUAGAAAACGCAAAAAAAGUGCCACUAGUAACUACCUCAUCUCCACUGACCCUACUGAUUUAUCUCGUGGUGGAGAAUCUUUUGUAGGUAAAUUGAGGUCAAACCUUUUAGGUACUCAUUUUACUGUAUAUGACAAUGGAUACUCUCCUAAAAAGGCUGAUUCAAGAGAAGACUGGAAAAGAAAUACCCCUCGUCAAGAGUUAGCUGCAGUAGUUUAUGAAACAAAUGUUCUGGGAUUUAAGGGUCCCAGAAAAAUGACAGUAAUACUGCCAGGAAUGACGCAGGAUCAUAAAAGAGUUCAGUUCUCUCCACAGGAUGAUCAUGAAGGUUUGCUUGAAUGCUGGAGAAACAAGCAAAUGGAUAAUCUCAUUGAAUUACAUAAUAAGACACCAUCCUGGAAUGAUGAUACACAAUCAUAUGUGCUUAAUUUUCAUGGUAGAGUUACUCAAGCUUCAGUUAAAAACUUCCAGAUUGUUCAUGAUAGUAAUGCUGAUUAUAUUGUAAUGCAGUUUGGCAGAGUUGCUGAGGAUGUGUUCACCAUGGAUUAUCGUUACCCUAUGUGUGCUCUUCAAGCUUUUGCCAUCGCUCUAAGUAGCUUUGAUAGCAAGCUUGCAUGUGAAUAAAUGCAGUUGAUUACAAAGAAUGGGAAUUUUAUGAAGCUGCAUCAUGUACAAAGUGUGAGUGAUUUUUCUAGGACAGAAUGCUUUGAGACAUUGUGCUAAUCUUUAUCUGUUAUGACUUUUAUUGUAUUGGUUCUUCAUAUGUAUGAAAAAAUAUUUCCUCAUAUUAGCACUGAUUCACGGUGCUGCGCACGCACAAUCUUCACAUUGUUAGAAUCAAUUUUGUAGAUUAAUAUCUAUUUUAAAAUAAUUUAUAAUGAGGAGUUAGAAAAGCCUAUUUUAUUUCUGGCAGUAUGCCCUGGAAUAGUUAACUGUUCCUCUGGCUUCAUACAAAUUAAUUUGUUUAGUGCCUUUCCUCAAUUUUGUUACCUACUGCCAUUAGUGGCAAGAAUUUUAGAAUGUCACUUUUCAUGUAUAUUUGUUUAUACUGUAUAUCAAAACAUUGUUUCUAGUCGUCUUUACAUGUUGAUUAUGGUUUUUUGCCUGUCUAAGUUAAUUAUUUGCGUAAGUUUUGUUGGUGAAUUUUGGGUAUUUUUAGCAUUAUCCCAUAUUUCAUAAUCUAGUGCCUAAUGCUAUGUGCAUUUUAAUGAAAACGAGACACUGUAUUAAGAUACUUAUAAAAUGGACUAUCUCAGUAUAAUAUUCGGAUUAGCCAAUUGAGCAGUGUAUGAUAAUUUUUGAAGUACAGCUUUUAUAUAUAAAUUACUGACAAGUACUUAAAUCUUCGUCCUUGGAAAAUGUAGAUCUGACUUUAAAAGUGACUAAUGUGAUACUGUUGGUUGUGCAGCAUUUAUCAGUAGAAUUGUGUAUUAAAAUAGUUACUGCUGCUUUGUCAUGUCCAGUAUUGUGUUCAUGUAGUAUGAUUUAACAGUGUUAUGGAUUAAUGCAUUUAUAAAUGUAUGAAACAAAUUUUGCAAAGUAUGAAACUUAGUUCCUAAAUAUCAUCACAAUUGGACAUUGUGUUAACAUAUUUUUUAUGGGAUGGGAUAAUGCUACUCCCGAAUUUCAUGCAGUGUAAUGUUCACAAACACCUUUUGCUCACCUUAAGUAAUGUUCUUUUGUGAAAUGUGAUGUAAUUAUUUUUGUAGAUAUCAUUGAUUUAAUGUGGUGGACUAUCUUGUCAAACAAGACUCUACCUCAUGAAAUGCAUAGAAUGAUAUUUAUCAUGAAAUGUAUAGAAUGAUAUUUAUCAUGAAAUGUUAAUAAUGUGUGUUCUGCUUAAAAACUUAUUUUUUUAGUCACCUAUUUAGUAAAAGUUUUUGCAUAUUUUGAUGAAUAUAAUUCACAUUUGUAGAUCUGUUGAUGAGCAAUAAUAUCCUGUGUGUUUCAAAAAACACAAGGGUACUAUAUAUUUAAGUUCCUUAGAUGCACUUUCAAUGUUACUUGUAGUCCUUGUUUGAUCUCACAUGUAUCAGUAAUGAAACUUGUUAGAAAUCGUUGUGUUUUUAAAGGUGCAAAGCUGGUAAAGUCAAUGAUCUAUUUUUAUGAGAAUUAACUUCUACAUGUGGUGUCAUGAUUAGAAUAUAGACAUUUUUCUGAGUGAUAAAUAGGAUAUAUCCUCGCACUUAUACUAAUGAGACAAGCAAUAUUGAUUUUAGUUACAAUAAUUACAUUGUAUGUUGGUAACCAUUCCUAAUGAACUGACCCUCUGACAGUGUGCCGUUAGGAGAAUGACAUCCUCUCAAGAAAAAGUGUAUGUUUUGAAGUAAAGAUAUCAGUGCACAAAUCUUUGCUCACUUACACAAUCAGUAUUUUUGCCUUAUAUGUGGUGAAAAGGGAAUUGAAUUUGGAAGCAUUUUAUUCUGUACUUACAAGGUGAAUGUUCUGUAAGUGUUUGUUACAGAUGUCCUGUACUUAGACAUGCAUAUUUUUGCAGUUAUAUGUAAAUGCAGUUGCAGUUUUGAUGCCUGUCAUACAUUCCAAAAAUAUAUUGUGCCAUUUGGUGCCAGUAAUUUUACUUGAUUUUAGUGUGGUAUCUUGGCAUUCAUUGUUCUCAUUGUUUUUUUCAUCUAUUAUUAAGGCAAUGUAAAUGAAACAUUUAGUUUAAAAUAUUUAGUGCCAUAUAUAUUAUAUUUUUAAUUUUCUGUAAGAGAGUAUAUUUGAGAUUUCUUGUUCAUUUCAACUAGUUUAUGUUUAGAUAUGUCUUUGGAUAUUUUUCCUUUAAAGAUGAUUCGUGCAUUUUAUAAUCAAAGCAACAUUUUCAUAGCAUAAUGAUUACAGUACUAUAUUUUAUUACAAUGUUUUAGUAGAAGUUGACUGACAAUGUUAUAAAUUUUUAGCAUAAACUUGUUAAUCCACCAGUAGAUUAUCAUAAUAUUUUAAAUGUGAAUAAAAUAUAUUUAAAACCUUGACAGUGUUCUUAUGUGCACUUUUAGCAGGAAAACCCAUCAGGACUGAGGUUGACACAUUUAUCACACCAAUUUUAGAAAAGGUGAAAUAAUUUGUGCCUGAAUGUCAACUUCUGUUCAUACUGAUGACUGUCAAGAAAAGUUUCACACUGCUCUUAGAGCAGGGUCAUUUACUUAUUACCUCUCAACACUAAUAAAUUUGUAAGAUAUAGAAAUUAAAGAUAACUGACAUUGAUAUACAGUUCAAAAUCAAUUGUAUGGUUAUUGUUAUAUAAUGCUGUAUGCUAUUGUGCUAACUUGGCUCUCUUGAAGUUCGGAAUCUCAUGAACUUUGUUUUUUCAAAUGCAAUACGUAAGCAACAGCUGUUUGCUUGAGAGGUUGAAGAAAAUGUCAAGUUCUUCAUUUGCUGUUGGUUAUAUUGUGCUUUAUGCAGUUGAAUGUGGAUAUAAUACUACUCUGAAACAUAUCGAGAUACUGUGUAAUGGCAUUACCUUCAUUGAAGUUUGCACUUGACAAAUGGGAUCAAAAGGUUAAUGGUUAUUUAUUUGAAUGUAAUAUUUCUUGUCUAGAAUGAAAAUAAAAAUAAAGAAUAUAUAUUUAUAUUGCAGAAUAUGACAAAAAAUGUUUGGGUACAAGUGUUGAGAGAACACAAAACACUGAAUUUUUGGUGUUAUAUCUAGUUGUCAAAUGCAGUCUUUAGUGAAGUCUUCUAUGUUUAUUGUAUGUUGUUGAAUGAGGUAAUAAAAUAAAUUUGUGUAUG